GCUUGCUUCACGCGAUUGGUUUCUUGUGCUUUUGUAUUCUUUUGUUGAUUAUGGUAUCUCUUUCAUGCUAACGUCCCUUACUGGCGUAUUAAAUUCUAUGAAUGAGGUCGCAGUAAUCCAAACAGCCGAAAUGUUCGAUAAAUAAAACUCCUAAAACUCUAGCUUAAUUGACAUGAGUGGUGUUGGACGUUCGACAUUUUUUGCAUCUAAUUCAGUGAACUUUCGCAGCGGGAGAUAUAAAGCUUUUCUGAGCGGGAGGUCGAAUUGAUUUGAAUACCGGCUGGGUUAUUUUUGGUUGCAGCAAAUUUAGUUUCGCCCCUCCCUCUGUAUUUGUAUUCAGUGAAAGUUUAAGCAACCAAAAUAUUUCAUCUAACUCACUUGUAUUUGCUUCACUGGCGUAUAUGCGCGUUAGUCUGCUAAUUACUCCCUUAAACUUUAAUUGACUUUUUCCUUUAAAAUGUCCACUUUUCGAAGAAUUGGUAAAAGGCUUGUUAUGAUUGGUGCACUAUCUGGUGUUAGUGCCGCCUUCCUUCUUGAAGCUAUUCCAAAAAUUAAUGAGGCCAGAAGAAUGAAGGCCUUACAAUCAAAACCUAAGCCUUCAAAAGAAGAAAUAGAACGCUUUGAAAAACCUUUACCAACUCGUGAUGAACAAUUGAAACGUAUGGCAUCAGGUGAAACCUUUGACGUUUUGAUAAUUGGUGGUGGAGCCACAGGUGCCGGUAUCGCAGUUGACGCCGCAUCUAGAGGCUUGUCAACUUGUCUCAUCGAAAGAUUGGAUUUCGCUUCGGGUACAUCUUCUCGAUCAACUAAACUCAUUCAUGGUGGUGUUCGAUAUCUACAAAAGGCUAUAUUUAACUUUGAUAUAGAACAAUUUCGUAUGGUCAAUGAAGCGCUUAAUGAACGAUCAAAUCUAAUUGAUAUAGCUCCACACUUAGCUUAUCCAUUACCAAUUAUGUUGCCAAUAUACAAAUGGUGGCAACUUCCCUAUUACUGGGCUGGUAUUAAAAUGUAUGAUUUAAUAUCUGGUUCUCAAAUUCUGAAAGCUAGUUAUUACUUGAGUAAAUCACAAGCAUUAGAACGUUUCCCUUUAUUGAAACGUGAUAAAUUGGUUGGGGGAUUAGUAUAUUAUGAUGGUCAACAAGAAGAUGCUCGUAUGUGUUUGAGUAUAGCUUUGACAGCAGCUCGUUACAAUGCUGCAAUUGCUAAUUAUGUUGAAGCUGUUGAACUCAUUAAAAAAUCGUCUCAAACAAAAUCAAUUUCUUUGAAAUCAACACUAGAGAAUACUCCUGAAUCAACACCUAUUGUAUCAGGUGCACGUGUUAGAGAUCGUUUAACUGGUAAAGAGUUUACAAUUAAUGCUCGUUGUGUUAUUAAUGCUACUGGACCAUUCACGGAUAGUAUACGUCAAAUGGAUGAUAAAAAAUUGCCAGCUAUCUGUCAACCAAGUUCAGGAGUUCAUAUUAUUCUUCCUGGUUAUUAUAGUCCUACAAAAAUGGGCUUACUCGAUCCAGCUACACGUGAUGGUCGUGUCAUUUUCUUUUUACCAUGGAUGAAUUUUGCCCUGGCUGGUACAACUGAUUCUGAAUGCGCUGUUACUGAUCAACCCUCACCAUCUGAAGCUGAAGUGAAUUUCAUUCUUGAAGAAAUUAGCAGUUAUCUUUCACCAGAAAUACAAGUUCGUCGUGGCGAUGUACUUUCAGCCUGGGCAGGUAUUCGACCACUUGUUCGUGAUCCUAAUUCUUCUGAUACUCAAUCGAUUGCACGUAAUCAUAUUAUUAAUGUUUCACCGUCAAAACUGAUAACAAUUGCUGGAGGAAAAUGGACAACUUAUAGAAAUAUGGCAGAAGAGACUGUAGAUAAGGCUAUUGAGGUGUGUGGUCUUAAACCAAAAAGUCCAUGUCGUACUAAAGGUCUACUCCUAGAAGGUGCUCAUAAUUGGUCACCGAAUUUAUUUAUACAAAUUGUUCAAGAAUAUGGUAUGGAUGUUGAUGUAGCCCGUCAUUUAACUGGUAUCUAUGGUGAUAAAGCCAUUACUAUUGCAAAUAUGUCAAAAUUAACUGGUUUUAGAUGGCCAAUAUUGGGUAAAAAAUUACAUCCUGAAUUCCCUUUCAUUGAAGCAGAAGUUGAAUAUGCUUGCCGAGAAUAUGCUUGUCAUGCAGUAGACUUUCUUGCUCGUCGUACUCGUUUAGCCUUCUUAAAUGUUCAAGCAGCUCAAGAGGCUUUACCAAGAAUUGUUGAUUUAAUGGGUCAGCAUUUAAAGUGGAGUAAUGAAAGAAAAAAACAAGAAAUGAAAGAAGCAGAAGAGUUCCUAAACGCAGAGAUGGGUCUUAAUCUACGCGUAAUGGAUAGUGUUCGUAUGAAGUUGACUAUUAGUGAGAUUGAUGAUUUACUGCACAGUUUUCGUAAACUUGAUCAUGAUACUAAAGGUUAUAUUUCAUUGAAUGAUUUACGCAAAUUUUGUACUGAAUCUGGUGAGCAAAUCAGUGAAGAGAUACUGCAGUCCACUCUGAAUACAAUGGAUCUCAACAAAAAUGGACAAGUUGAUAUGGCAGAAUUUUUACAUGUGCUUCGUAGUCAACUCAUUCAUCAAUCGAGAUCCUCCACUAUGCAUAAACAAUCUUUGUGACCAUCGACGUUUUAUGAGUGCAGUAAAAUCUGGUGUUGUUGUGAAUUCACCAUUCAAGAAAGUACUCAAUCGUACACGAAUUCCUGUUUACAGAAGUGGUGGUGGCGUGUAGAAAACAACAAACAGACGGGAAAACAUACAAACAAACAAGCCCACAAAAAACGAACUAUCCCCUCUUCUAUACUCUUGUUUUGUUGUUGUUUUUUUGGUUUCCUUUGAAGAAGAUAAAUCCCCUCUUCCACCCUCUCUUAUUGAUGUCUUUUCAUUUAUUUUGUUUUCUUCUUCUUUAUUGACCAACCUUCAUAUAGUAUAUUUCAGUAUGUACGUGUGUGUGUGUGUGCGUGCGCUCGCGCGACUGUGCUAUCUUCAUUCAUAUUGACGAAGAUGACGUAAGAAAGUACUUUUGUUCUUUAACUAAUGAUUAUUAUUAUUAUUAUUUGCAUGUGUUACCAGGUAGAUUAUUAGACAGAUGGAUUAUUCUUAUUCUUCUUAUUAUUAUUAAUGUUGAACACUUUGUUUGCAUGGUUUCUGUGUUCAUUUCAACGGAUUUAUUAUACUUAGUUGUUGUCUACAAAUGAUAGCGAACAGUGUAGGUGUUCAUGCCUGACUUUUGUAUUGAAGGAUGAAAUCAACACCCACAGGCCUAAACACCAUCAUACUCCCUUCACAUACUUAUUUUACUUCUACCGACUAGUUAUAUUCUCAUUGGCUAAUGGAAUUGUAAUUUCCCUUUCCUAUGCCUUUUAUACCAAUAUGGACUUGCUUUUCCUUUUCUUUACUUCAUUUGAUAGUAGCGGUAAUACUGGUAAUAUUAGUCGUCACUUUCAUCAUUUCAGCUGCUUGUCGUUGUUCUUGCUGUUGCUGUUGAAGUGUAUUACUCACUGCUUCUUUUGCGUACCUACGUCACCAGGUCAAUAGUACUUACUUCUACGACAAACAUACAACUGUUUUAUGUUGAUUAAAGAAAAAAUCUUUUUUUUGUAGAAUUUUGUUUUACUCCUUUUAUGAAAUAUUAUUACUAUUAUUAUUAUUACUUUAUUCGAUUUAAGUACUAUUUUGUUUUUGAAGAAAAGAUACCGUUGGUAACUUUCUUCUAGCUGUGUAUAUAUGAUAUAUACAUGUGAGUCUAUAUAUAUAUAUAUAUAUAUAUA